UUCGGUGGUAGUGAACUUUUUUCUCGUCGUCUUUACCCAUUAAAAUAUCGCAAAGUGCUCCAGAGCCAGCCACAGUGGUUUUUCGUGUCGGAGCUAAAAGAAAAUCGAAAUUAAACCGAGUAAUUCUGCACGCGAAAGUGACUAAAAACGGUCCGGAAGUGCCGUUAGAGACCAUGUAACACGCAGGUUGUCCAGUGCUCAAAGUGCGGCCCGUAUUUGUGUUUUUGCAACGACGAAUGCUUCGUGAGCGUGAAGAAAAGGGUUUUCGAUAUUUGUGUGCGUUCCAGUAAACACCAUCGAUUGAUUCUUCCAGUGUGCAAUUAGCGAAGGGUAUUCAAAUCUAAACGACGAAAACGAUGGGGACGUGGUAAUUGACUAUCUGAGCUCUGCCAACCUGCCACCGCAAUCCCCUUUGCAGCCCCCAUUGCUCGCACCGGUGACCUCGGGUCUCCUGAGAUGCAAUGAACCAGUUACGCCGCACGACUCUGGACAGCAGCAACAACCCACUUCCGUAGUCAACAACAACAACAACAAUAACUACAACAGUAGCAACAACGUUCACCACUACAACAGCAGCAGCAGCAACAACAGCACCAUCGGCGAAAAGUGCAACAAGAACAAACUGAGUGAUAUCGUCAUCGACACGGGUAUCAACGACUUCGGUCAACUGCAACCACAUCAACAGACUGCUAGGAACGGUAACAGCACCAGUGUUGCCAACAACCAUCACCACGCCAACAUGGUGCCAAUCAUUAGCGUUACGCCCCACAGCCCGGGUGCCAAGUAUAAUUUUCUCGAGGAUACUCUGCAUCACCUACAAUGCAUUCGGGAAAGUGUGGCCCAGAUGAAGAACUCCACCAUUCAGAAUACCAACUUUGGUGGAGCUGGAUUCAUCGGAUCAUCGCUCUCGUCAACCAAGCUGUUCUCGUCAUGCCCCUCACUACCGGACCUGACGAUCUCGAAUCCGGGCAGCAUUUGGCCCCACCAGCAAACCAUGUACGGUCUUAACACCGAUCGGCGCAAGUCUUGGACGGCCAUCGAGGAUUUGACCGAGUGUGCCAAAUCUUCGCACAAAAGUGUCAGUUUAUCCAGCUUGGACAGCGAAGAGCAGGAAUCUCUUCGGGCCGCUGAGAGAUUACACAACCGUACCAGUAGGAACAGUACCGGAGGAAUAUCGACGCACUCGUUGAACGAGGCGGAAUUGGCGAGAGACUUCGAGAAGAUCGUGGCCAAGCGGAACCUGGCUCCAACCGUUUGUAGAAUUCCACUGCAGAAGAGUAUCUCGACACCAUCGAUCGCGCCGGUUCGCAAUCAAGGUGCCAAAGAGGAUACCGCAACUCCUUCACGGCAUCUUUCCGACAGUGAAGAUGAAACCCACGACGAUCGAUCACUGCUUUGUGUGAGAGAUAAAACCGAGGGCUACACCGACCAUCCGGAAAAGCGCAGGAAACGUGGUUCGUUAUUUUUCCGCAAGAAGAAAGACAAAGCCAAAACCAAGGGACAGAACUCCACCUGUGAUGCUUGCGGUGCGGUUAUCAACCUCGCCACCUAUAAAGAGCACGCCGUGGAAUGUAAAGCCAAAAUCGCUAAGAAAUAUUUCCAAGUGCAGCCCAAAUCCGGUUCCAACAAGAAGAACUCAACCAACAGCCACAGUUCCUCGCACCACGAUGAUCAAGGUAGAGACUAUUACGAUGGCCACAUACAAAAUGACAACUCAAACUGUUCGGACGAAACACCGCUAAUACGGGAUGAGUUUCUACACGAGGCGCCGAUCGGACCGCACGACCUCGGUGCGGAACCGAUCCUGGGGGUGGCCAUCGACGAGCACGACUCGUGGAGUCCCAGUGUACCAAAGGAGAUCGUCAAAUCGCUCAAGGAUAAACAGGUCAAACGCCAGGAGCACAUCUACGAGUUCAUAAUGACGGAGAAGCAUCACUGCCAAACCCUACUAGUCAUGCAGAAGGUGUUCGUGGAGAGUCUCCAGAAGCACUUCAGCCACCUGAACCUGAAGCGGAUGUUCCCCCGGCUAGAGGACCUCACCGAGCUGCACACGGGCUUCCUGAAGAAGCUGCGGCUGAAACAGCGCGAGCACCACAUCGUCGACAGCAUAGCCGAUAUCCUGUUGGACUUCUUCUCGGCCAUGUCGGCGCAGAAGCUCAAGUCGGCGUACGGGGAGUUCUGCUCCAACCACCGAUCGGCCCUGAGUACCUUCAAGUGCUACAUGACCGGCGACAACACGUUCGCCGAGUGGUACAAGCACUGUCAGCAGAAUCCGCUGCUCAAGAAGAAGGGCAUCCCGGAGUGCAUACUGUUCGUGACGCAACGACUGACCAAGUAUCCUCUGCUGAUCGAUCCGCUGCUCAAGAGCUCCCGGGAGGACAAGAUCGAGCAGGAGAAGCUGCAGAAGGCGAUGCAGCUGGUCAAGGAGAUACUGGUGGACGUGGACGCCCGGGUCGCCGACAAGGAGAAAGAGGACCGUCAAUUAGAGAUCUUCAAGCGAAUCGACGCCAAGUCGUAUGCGAUCUUCAAGAAGGACAAGUUCAAGAAGUCGGAUAUUAUUUCCAGCAAUCGGAAGCUGAAGUUCGAAGGAGUUGCAACACUGAUGCAGGGAAGGUCGAAAAUGCAGACUGUACUGGUCGUAGUACUGUCGGACUGUCUGUUCUUCUUGCUGGAAAACUCUCACAAAUACUCAUUCUUCACGCCGGAAAAUAAGGCUGGAGUGGUGUCGCUGCAAAAGUUGUUGAUCCGCGAGAAGGCUGGCACCGAAUCGAGGGGCAUCUACAUUAUCUCGUCCAAUCCGGCGUAUCCGGAGAUGUUCGAGCUGAAAGUGCAAAAUCCGAAAGAUAAGAACGUGUGGAUCCAGUCAAUCAGAGCUGCGGUACUGGACUGUCCCUCGGAUGAGUCCGAGGUCGAGGACUACAUGACUGCAGAGCAACGCCAAAAAUUGAUAGAUGCUAAGCAAGCUAACAUUCGAGAGAUUAUCUCGAUGGGAACGACCGAAUUGGAAGGCAAAAUGAGGCAAAAAGACUUCGAACAGGCGAUUCUCCUGGAGGAGAAGAUCGCCCUGCAGCUGAGCCUGCUGCUGGACAACGAGCACAACACGGAACAGCUCGGCCCCACGGUGGAGGCAUUCAUCGCCAACUACGGCUCCUACCGGGACCUGGUCUCGGACGACUGUGAUACGAUAGAGAUAUGGAAACGAGUGUUGAACACAAUUCAGGAGAUUAGCAACUUGGCAGGGUCCCUCUACACGGCAGCCACCGGACUGCCCCUGUCCCGGUCCUGCAGUUCUGUCGGCGAACGACAGAGCGAGGUGUAUAUUUCUCCAACACUACCAAAGCGAGCGGAAACCUUCGGCGGUUUCGACGAGCGAAGAUCCAAACAGCAGCAGUGUCUGACGAAUUCGUCGAGGGAUGCCGUCCUGUCGACACUUUCGGCCGGAUACUUCACCAAUCGGGAAAGCUACGAGAAGCGUGAAUCGAACGCGUCGGACUUCGACGGAGGACCAUUUUCGCCUGGGGCGUCGCACGCACCGGUGAAGCUAAAUUCGGAAGGGCUGACCACCGAGCAGGCGAAGGACAACAACUACGCAGCACUACACGUAUCCCACCAUCUGCAAACCCUACUGUGCAUAAUAUCGCAACAGAUGACGACGAUACAGAGUCUUCAGCACCAGUUGAACUCAUUCCGAGAAAACCCAAAGAACAUGUACCGACAUAACGACCAGCUGGAGGAACUUCGCAACCUGCAAGAUAAGUUACAGGAAGAGAAGACUGCGUGGCAGAAGCAGAAGGAGACUGAGGAGCGCGAGUUGGAUGAGCAGCGACUGUCGCAGAAGACCCUGCAGGAGCAGAUUCGAGCUGAGCAGGAAGAUAUCAAGCAGCAAAGGGAACAGUUGUACCGAAAGAUGGAGAUUCUCUCCAGCCAGGGUUUGCUGCUGUCGCCGAGCGUUGCUCUACCAGUGCCCGGUGGAGUGCUGGCAUCACAGCACGAUGAACAAUCCAGUAACAGCGAGGAGUACCACGUGGACAGCGGGAUCGCUUCCGGUUCACAAUCCGUAGUGUCAACCAUUGAUCGGAGGAAGGACAAGUGGAGAACUGCUAGCAUUAACAAAGCUCCUCCUGCAAAUCUGGCCAGUGCCACCAACGCUCCCAAAAUGAACGCAGCAUCCAUCAAACAACAGCUGCCCCUGAAGUUAUCCUCUCUAUCUAGCACAAAACCUAGCCCCAACAACAACUCGAUAACGUCGCCCAGCGGAAGUAGUCCCAGUCUGAUGAGCAGUACCGGAAGUGGUGGAGGUGGUGGGGUUACGCAGAUGUUCCCUCUAAAACUAGCUGAUAAGAAGAUUAACUCGAGCUUACCAAAUCACUCACGAACCGGCAGCAGUCCUGCGAUAAUCCAACAGCAGGUGCCAGUUCAGACGGGAAACCCUGCCACGAGAACCAACACAUACCCAAAAAUCCCGGAACGUUACCGACUGCGAAGUUCCGACACGUACCAAUCGCCGCAGCACCAUUACAGCAGUGCUGGCAGUAGUGCACACUCUCCUUCAUCUCCGCUGUCGUCGUCCUCGCUCGCAUCCUCGCAUCGAUCAGCGGCGGCCAUCCAUGAACAGCAGCAGCAACAACUCCUUCAACAGCAACAACAGCUCUACCACCACCAUCACCAACAGCAGCAGCAACAACAUCAAUAUCAUCCGCAGCACCACUCGAUGCAUACGACUCCGCUUUCCUCGCGUCAUUCCAGCUUGCAGUCUCCGCCGCCACUUGGGUCGUCCUCAUCGCCGGCCGACAUCGGAAGUCUCGGAGGAGGGGCUACCAGCAGCAACAACAACAUCAACACCCAAAGCCCCAGCAAGAAGGAUUCCUCGACCAAGGGCAAGGAGGAAGAGGUGAUUUAUUUUUGAUACAUGCCAGUUGAGGUCGAAAUCUAAUCGCCAAACCCACCCCGGGCCCGGAUUGGAUGUGCUGGACUGGAUGCUGCUGACUGCGCUGGUCGUCUCGCUGCUUCUGUACGCCGUGAGUCUGAUCGUUCGACUGAUCUUUUUCUUCGCGUUAUGAUCUCACCGUUCGACACAAAACCGGUUCACAGUUUCUGAAUUUCGACACAAGUUUUUUUUUUCCAAUGGACUGACGACUCACAAGGACUGAUUCCUCCUCUGAAUGGGGAAUGGAUUGGAUGGACGGGACGGGUGACUCCCGUGGUUCUGAUCCAAAUGAACUGUCGUAGCUCGGAUUAGCGCUUAGGCUUGAAAGCAUUCCAUUUUUAUUUGUAUAGAUCGACGAAAUUGUGGGCAUCAAUAAAAUUGAUUCGAAAAGAUUAA